CUUCCCUCCACUUUCUCAUCCGCUUUCUCUUCCAGUCCUACAUACGAUCUGCCAAAUUCCACCGCUGACUCUUUGGGCCAGUCCAGAACACCUCUGUCAACCCUGUUGACAGCACCUCACAUCAAGUCUUUAGCACUCCUAGACACUACGACAGAAUGGCUGACGACUGGGGUACAAACGAGAUCCCCGCCGAUGAUCCCUGGAACCACCCCCAGGGCGGCGACGGCGUGGGCGGCAAUGGUGAUGACCGUGCCUGCUUCAACUGCGGCCAGUCAGGUCACAACAAGGCCGAUUGUCCCGAGCGUCCCAAGGGCUUCGAUGGUACCUGCCGCGCCUGUGGUCAGGAAGGUCAUUCUCGUCGUGAUUGCCCCGACGCUCCUGCCAUGACUUGCCGCAUCUGUGGCGAGGAGGGUCACAUUCGCAAGGACUGCCCCCAGAAGCCUGCCGAUGCCUGCCGCAACUGCCUCGAGGAGGGUCAUGAGACUGUCGAAUGCAAGGCUCCUCGUAAGAUCGAUCGUGGCUUGAUCCCCGAUGUCGACGCUGAAAAGGCCUGGGAGGAAAUUUGCGAGGCUGUCCAGGAGCGUGACGGAGUCGAGGCCAAGGAUGCCAUCCAUAAGUACCUCAAGCACUUCCCUGAAAUGACCUAUGUCGAGCUGGAGAAGGCUUUCCGCGGCCAGGAGAUCGGUGUCUACCUCAUCGCCACCGAGCGUGUCCUUGCCCCUACCCAUACCAACAUGGAUCUUCAGGGCAACUUGGACAAGAAGUACACUGUCCAGUACCGCUUCUCCGCUCAUCCCGACCGCCAGCGCGAGAAAGCUACCUGGCCUUCUUCUCCCGAGGAGAACGUGAUCCGCCUCGGAGAUGCGGGUGAGCCUGUCUCUCGCCUCCUACAGAAGUGCAUCAACUGCGACGAGCUUGGCCACACUUCCAAAUCCUGCCCUCAGGAGGCCAUGGAGAAGGUCCGUAUCACCAUCACCUGCUACAACUGCGGUGAGGAAGGUCAUCGCGUUCGUGAUUGUCAGUUUGCCCACUUCCGCUCAAGCUUUCUGAUCUCGACUGACUGAUAUAGGCCCCACACCCCGCGUCGACAAGUUCGCUUGCAAGAACUGCGGCCAGUCUGGCCACAAGGUCUCGGAGUGCACCGAGCCUCGCAAGGCCGGCGACGAUGUCGAGUGCAACAAAUGCCACGAGAUGGGCCAUUUCUCCCGUGACUGCCCUCAGGGUGGUGGCGGUGGUGGCCGCGCUUGUCACAACUGCGGCAACGAGGGCCACAUCUCCCGAGAGUGCCCUGAGCCUCGUAAGAUCAAGUGCCGUAACUGCGAUGCAGACGGUCAUCUUUCCAAGGACUGCGACAAGCCCGUUGAUGGUACGUCACCCGCUAUCCAGCUUUCAUUUCGUUUCGCU